GAGACGGAGAGAGUGAACGGCUCCCGGAGCUCCGAGCACUGCGCUGCGCUGGGAUCGGUGGGUUCGCCAAAGCGCCGCUGGAAGUGUGAUCAGAGGGUCGUCGUAGGGAAGCUCCAGGCUUGAUUGUGGAAAGCAGCAGGUGUUUGGAAGACGGUGCUCUGAAAUCAGAAUGACGAAGGUUAUCACCCUCAUCCUCUUGUGCCUGGUCUGGGGAGGCUUAGGGAAGCCGCAGUUUCCAGAGGAAGAGAAGGAUCCUGUUUUCUGGAACAGCUGGGCACAGCGGACACUGAAGAACGCUCUGAAUCUUCAGAAGCCGAACAAGAACAUUGCCAAAAACCUCAUCCUCUUUCUUGGAGAUGGUAUGGGCGUUCCCACGGUGACGGCGGCCAGGAUUCUGAAGGGUCAGCUGAGUGGACAGUAUGGAGAGGAGAUUCAGCUGGAGAUGGACAAAUUCCCCUACGUGUCUCUCUCCAAGACCUAUAACACCAAUGCCCAGGUGCCGGACAGUGCAGGCACUGCCACGGCGUAUCUGUGUGGGGUGAAGGCCAACGAGGGCACAGUGGGCGUCAGCGCUGCGGCCGUCAGGGGCCAGUGUAACACCACUCAGGGCAACGAGGUCACCUCCAUACUCAAAUGGGCCAAAGAUGCAGGGAAGUCUGUGGGUAUCGUCACAACGACGCGAGUGAACCACGCCACCCCCAGUGCAGCGUAUGCCCACUGUGUGGACCGCGAUUGGUACUCAGACGGAGAGAUGCCCCCUGAGGCACUGCAGGACGGCUGCAAGGACAUCGCCCGGCAACUCAUGGAAAACAUCCCUGACAUUAACGUAAUUAUGGGCGGUGGACGCAAAUACAUGUUGCCUAAGAACACAUCGGACGUGGAAUACCCCGGAGAGAAGAAACACAGCGGAACGCGUAAGGACGGCAGGAAUCUGAUCCAGGAGUGGAGCGACAGAAUGAGGGACAAGAAGGGCCAUUACGUAUGGAACAAGCAGGAGCUCCUUUCAGUAAACCCCUCUACUGCUGACUACCUUCUGGGGUUGUUUGAGCCAGGUGAUUUGACCUAUGACCUGGAUAGAGACCGCAGCACUGACCCUUCCCUCACAGAGAUGGUGGAGGUGGCCAUUAAAAUACUGCGGAAAAACCCUGAAGGCUUCUACCUGCUAGUGGAAGGUGGACGAAUUGACCACGGACACCAUGAGGGUAAGGCUAAGCAGGCGCUGCACGAGGCGGUUGAGAUGGACCGAGCCAUAGGACGAGCCGGCCUGCUGACCAGCGUCCAUGAUACGCUGACCGUCGUCACCGCCGAUCACUCGCACGUGUUCAACUUUGGAGGCUACACAAUGCGAGGAAACUCCAUCUUUGGUUUGGCUCCCAUGGUGAGUGAUGUUGACCAGAAGCCAUUCACAUCCAUUUUGUAUGGAAAUGGCCCAGGGUUCAAGCUGGUCAAUGGCUCGAGGGUCAACGUGUCCACAGUGGAUUAUCAGCAAAACGACUAUCAGGCCCAAGCAGCCGUUCCAUUACGCAUGGAGACGCAUGGAGGGGAAGACGUUGCGGUUUUCGCCAAAGGCCCAAUGGCGCACCUGCUGCACGGCGUCCAGGAACAGAACUACAUCCCCCAUGUCAUGGCCUACGCGGCCUGCAUCGGUCAAAAUAAAGGCCACUGCCGAUCUGGAAACAGCGCAACAUCCGUUGCAGUUGCUCCACCCAGUCUGGCUCUGCUCAUCACAGCCACCUGGCUUCUCUGCUGACCCCUGUAAUGGCCAGUUGGCCUCCUCAUGCUAUAUUUAGAGUAGAGAUGGUCUAGUCUGAACUGCUCCAGAUGGAUUUUAUGAGAUUUUAUAAGAAGGGUUUUUAAAGCUGUGGUAUGAAUAGGGGUCCUGGAGGUCAACAGUCCAGCACAGUUCAGUGUUUGAGUCUGAAACACAACUGAUUCACUAACUCACUGGUUAAAAAACAACACUAACAAGGUUUUUAAUCUGCUGUCUUUCAUGUUUCUGGGUUAAGAGUCUCUGGUCAUCAUGUAUUGAUCAUGGAUGAGUCAUUAAGCUGAUGAAAAGACAUCACUAUUGGAUUCACUCAUAAUCAAAAGACAAACACAUGAUAAAGGACUGGAUUGCGUAAUUUCAUUGCCGUUGCCCUUUAAUUACGAGGGUUAGCAGAUGUGUUAGAGCAGAAUCAUUGGAACUGUGCUGGCCUGUCCACCAGCAGGAAUGGAAAACAGUACCCUUGUUUUUAAACUUUGGAACCACCAGCUGGUGCAUUUAAAAAGAAAAACAUUUGUGAGACUCAGACUUGAUUUAGAGACCUAAAGGGAAAGGAAGACCAUGAAAGAUGUCAUUUUAACUGUUUUUAACUCUGUGUAGUUCACAGCUAUAUAAAGUCAUUCCAAACUUGGUUUAACACACUUUCAAACUGAUCAGAGUAGCAAAAUUGCUGGAACAAGUUUUUAUUUUUCUAUAUUUCGGUUAUUAAAUGCGCCCCACUAUUAGUAUUAUCUCAUGGACAGUUGUCUUAUUUCUGGUAUUUCUGAUAUUUCUGAUUAUGUAUUUCUGAUACCUGAAAUCCAAUGAGAGUUAUAAAAGUCCACCCUUCAGCUAUUUAAUUUGCACUAAAAUGGCCAUUAUGUACAAAUUGUUUAUCUUUCAGGAGAUAUUUCUGUAAUCAGAUAUAAGAAAAUCCACUGGCUUAACGAAGGAGAAUGUCAAAGGAACAUAAGUAAAAACGUUUCUGAUGCUACAGUUCAGAAAAUGAGUAAAGUGGGCCUCCUAACAGCCACCUGGAAGACCUGGUAGACCCCAAAACUGCUUCCUUUAGAUAAACAGAUAAAUCUUUGAGAGAGAGGAGAAAAUCAAACUGCUGCAGAUCUGAAAACAUCCACAGGUGUUUCGGUCCAUCCUUCCACCGUGAGAAGACUUUGGGUCAUAAGAGGCAGAAAAUCCAACCAACUUCUAAGAACUUUGGAGAUAAUUUUUUUCUGAUGCUGAAAAACGUUUUCGACUGGAAAUUAAAUAAAUGAAGGGUGGUCUCUGACUGUGUAGACUGCAUGUUUUGGAACCCCUAAUUAUAGUAUUUUAUUAAUUGUAAUUGGAAAUCAGAUGAAAUCUACCUCAGUAUGAGUUUAUUACUUGAUCUGUCGUUCAUCUAGGAAAAGGGGCGGUCAAUCAAAAAGACAUAUUUUUUAUACAUUAACUAUGUAUUGUUUCUGAACAUUGGUUAAAAGGAUACCAGAUGGAAUGGAAACUAUUUUUCUAAGAAGAAAAUGAAAAAAGUAUGUUCCCCUGCCAAUAAAGCCUGUUUUUUUUUGUUUUGUUUCUUCCUAAAUCCUGUGUUUGCGUGCUUCAUCUGCAGAGCGUAGUAUGUGGGUUUGAUUAAACUUCUUUAUGUCUUCA